AGGGAGGGCUCCCGGAGGAAAGGGUUUGGGAUACUGGAAAGGCAGCGGCACGCUGGGUUUUGCUGGAUGUUGGCUGCAGAGCUGCUCAUGCAGCGCUGAGAGGAUUGGAGCUGGCGCCGGUGGGCACGGAUAGGGCGAGGGUGUGCAGGGAUAGAACCGUAAGAUCCUAGAAUGGCUUGGGUUGGAAGGGGCCACGGAUAGGGCGAAGGUCUGCAGGGAUGGGGGCACGGAUAGGGUGAGGAUUUGCAGGAAUACCUGUCCCCAUUUGCUGGCAAACACAGCAAAGGGCCGAGGCUCUGUGCCCACGAGCACAGCACGGUGCCUACGUGCACCCUGCCAGGGGUUAAAGGCCCCACAGGGAGCUCCGUGGAACCUGUGGGAGCACCCAUGGUGCUGCCAGGGCUGGGAGCGGGGCAGGGGCAGCCCAGGGGCCGGGCACACAGCUGGGCUUGCAGCAGGAUGUGGGCUGGGGCUGUGCAGACUGUGCCCGUGCUCUGUGCCAUUUUGGCUGGCUCUGAACCCAGGGAGAAACCCCAACCCUGCUGGGUGGGAAAUAAUGCAGCGAGCUGCUUGGGACGCUGCUUCAAGUCACCUCUGUGGCUGAAAGCAGGACACGGCUGCACGCUCCUGGCACCAGCCCCAUCCCUCCUGGAAUUUCUACAGGCUGGCAAGGCUGCCCCCAGCUCCUGCAUCCCCUCCCUGGGGUGUGCAUGGAUGGGAACGCGAUGCUUUGCACUGGAACCCAUAUGGGAACGCGAUGCUUUGCACUGGAACCCACGCUGCUUUUCCAUGUCUGUGGUCAGCAAGCAAUUGUGUGCAGCAGCCAAUCUGUUGCCAGGGCAGUGGUGGCAUCUUGUGUGCUGGAGCCGGUGACCGAGCCGUCCCCAUAUCUCUCCUCUUAUCUCCUGUGCUGCUGAGAUAAGGCAGGAAGCACCCACGCGUUUGGUGCGGCUGUGGUUCCGGAUGGAUGUGCAGAGCUGGAUGUCACCUCUGCUGUCCCUGCGUGGUGCCUGCCCCGUCCUGCUGAGCAGGAAUGGUGCACGGGGAGGGAGACUAGGCCUGUGAGUCCAAGGCACGGCUGGCUUCCUUCCACUCACUGGUCUCCUGAGGAGCUAAGGUUGGUGAUCACACCUCCAGGUGUGCAGUCCCUCGAUUCCUAGCGGGUUCCUAACAUCCUGGUCCGGAAAAUUUCAGCCAAAUGUGGCUGGGGUCUGCGAUCUCCACGCUUGGUCCUGCAGUUCUGAGUGGACAGCUGAGCGUGAGCAGAGCCGUGGCACUGGAUGGAUGAUUGUGCUCUUCUGAACCUGCCCAUGGAGCAGCAGGGGAUCCAGCUCUGACAAGAACCCAUCCAGAGCUGUUGGGCUGCCCCAGCACCUGCUGCAGGCGAGCGCCCACGUGGACCUGCCCGUCUCUGCCCUCCAGAAACUCAGCGCCAGCCUCUGGCUCUUCCCAGCGCCGCCUUCCCGGAGCAAACCAGUUCUUUAUAGAGGGCAAUAACCAGCUUUGCACAUCUCAACUGGGACAAAGAGGAAGCCUGAUGCAAUUCCCCAGCCCCUGCUGCUGGGAGCCUCCUCCAGGGGAUGCUGUGGGCAGGUGCAGUGGCAAAGGGACGCAUCCAGGCUCCAGCACCAGCUCGGCAGCUCCUGCCCCACCUGCGUUCCUCCCCAGGCACUGCUGCAGGCACCAAGGUCCCAUCAGGGUGUCACCCCCUGCCCAGGGCUGGGAGCAACACCGCAGCCUCUGCAGAAUGAGGAUGGAGUCAGGGCUGGGCUGCAGACAGAGCCCGGAGCGCUGCAUCUCCCCGCCUCGCUUGGAGCUGGAUUUAUUUACUGGAUGCUGGGGGAGAAAGGGGAACUGGCAACAGGCUCGCUUGCAAAUGGGAUUUCUGGGAAGUGGAAAGCUGGCUUGCUUUCAGCCUGGAACUGUCCUGAUUUCCAAUUGGAAACAUCCCACGGUGACUGAACUUCAUUCAGGGGUAGAUCUCGUUCUGCGGAGCUGACGCUGCGCUGCACAACGCGCCCGUGCGGAGGUGGCAGCGGGAUGGUGACAAGCAGAGGGAAAUUUGGUGGCAGAGAGGCACUGCUCGGCCUUACGCUGGGUUUGCACUGACCCGGGAAGCUCUGGUCCGUGGGGGUGCAAAGCUUUGCAGCUCUCUUUUGUUUUUCCCACAGCAAAUUUCUCGCUUUUCUCCCGGCGAAUUCCUUGCUUUUCCCCCUGCAGCUGUCCCUGGGACCUCGCUGCCAGCUGAAAGCACUGCUGAGGACAUGGCCUCAGUGAUUCACCACCAAGCCGUGCCCGCCUGCCCCAGCCUCGGCCCUGCAGCACGGGGUGUGAUGGGCUGGAGGCAGCCAUAAACCCAGGGCACGGCCGUCCCAUCGCUGCUGAGCCGGUCCCGGUGGCGAUGGCUGGGCUGAACCCCGGGCACUUUAAUGGCUUGUGGAGGAGGCUGAUGGCUGGGCGUGCAGCGAGCCCGGCCCUAUCUCCUGCAGGCUGCACCGCAGCGGUGCCGCCCCUGGUUGCAUUGCUGCAGUGCUGAUAGGAACUGGUCUGAGCUGUGCCAGGUGCUGCUCUGAGGAUGGAUGGGGGACGGCGAGGCAGCACCUUUUGCCCCAAGUCCUUGUCCCAUCCCAGUGGUCUGAUAGCCGUGCUGGGGAGCAGAGCGCCUCUGUGCUUGGACUGUGGGCCUCUGGGGUUUGAUCCGAGCACUCUGAAGCACUGGUCUCUAUGCCCCAAGCCCUGCUCUGGCUGUGCAGCCCCUCUGAGCCCAGCCGAGCUGAUGUCCCCCUCCUGCCCAUGAUGGCACUGCCACUUUUUCCCACUGAGGACAGCCACCUGCACGGUGAGCUCGGCCAGCCCGGCCCAUCCCUCUGCCUGGGCUCCCUGUGUUUGGUUUGGUCUGAAAUCUGUUUGCUUACAAACAAAGCUCCGGCUGUGGGGAACCUUUGGUUCCUGCUCUGUUUGUACAUGGAGGCUGCGGCGUGGACGCGUGCAGGCAGCGCUGCGCUGGGGGCUGCUGGUGACAGGGUGACAGGGCCAGGCCACGCAGCACGUUGCUGUCACGUUGGAGGUGCCACUGCUGGAUGCUGGGGAGCCCUUUUGGUUGCUCCCCCAUUGCACACCUGUGCCAUGUUCUCACGCUGCUCCCAGGGCUGCGUGCUGGGCUGUGGGUGCUUGCAAGGACUGAGAGCCCCACGCACUCCGCAUGGAUUAGGGCUGCUGCCCGCACCAUCCAUGGGAGCUGCCUGGCACCACGCACUUGCACAACCAAGACGCGUGCGCUCUUGCAUCACAGCGCAGUUGCAAGCUGUUCCGAGCCCGCGAAGGCACGGGAUCAGAUCUCAACACAGCGAGUUUUCCCACUGCCACCAUCACACCUGUACAGAGGCACGGAAAGCACAGCGCUGCGCAAGGAAGGCCCUUGGGACGGCGGUGGCGGUGCCAGGGUGAGGCUGCACCAGCUUCGCUGCAGCACGGGGACUGUGAACUGCAACACAUGAGCUUCUUUGCAAAGAUCCGAGCUGGUUGCUGGUCCCCACCCCUCCUUGCCACUGCAGCAGGUGUGGGGCUGCGCACCGUGCCGGCACGGCACAGCCGGCUAUGCCAGGAAUGUGCCGAAUGCGUCGGGGCUUGACUGCGGGAGGUCUGGGCACAGUGCAGCCGAUGAGUCACUUGGAGGGCUGGCAGCAGCCCACGAGCUUGGGACAAGCGAACCCAAAGUCUCCCCAAACCCAAAUCCGUGCGAGAAGCACCCGUCCUCCCUCCUGCACUCGGUUGGAUGCUCCGAGCCCGCGCUGUGCCGUGGUGGUGGCAGUGGGGCUGAGGGCUUGGGGCUGGGGGUGGAAGCAGAACGAUGUGCCACGCCGUGUCGUGCCCCCCAGCAUCCCGAGCUGCUGCCCCGGGAAUGGGAAAUCCAAAGGCUGCACCCAUAUGCAAAGGGGACGGAUGAGCCGAGCCCUGCUGCAGGCAGAUCUUAUCAGCCGCCGCAUCUGCGCUUAUUUACAGCUCACUCCUGUCUGUGUGGGUUUUUUUGGCCGUUCGAUGGUCUUCUAUCUUGAUUAAAACCAUCCCCACAGCAGCCCUCUGCUUUCCAGCCUGCGCAGGGUGGUGCCGUGCAGAUGUUUGUCCAAAGCUAUUUAUGAGCACUCGCAGCCCGGACACCCCCGGGGCCGCAGCCAGGGCUGAGCUGCUGGAGAAGGCAAAAUCCGCUGCGUGUCGGUGUCCGAAAUCCCAAUCUGCAUCGGGCUGUGACCACAAUGAAAGGCGGAACACCUUCCUGCACCCAGUGACGGGACAGCUCCCGGAAGAAAACUCAAGAGUAGACUUGCAAAAGCCGACCUUGGACAUGUCAAGCAAAGCAGGCAGCAAGCGCCUGGCGAACAGCAGCAGCAGCAGCGAGCCCUCCAACCACACCAUGGUGACGGAGGUGGCCUCGGAGCGGCCCGGAGGCCGGGUGCGUGCGCAGGUCCAGGUGCCACAGCGGGUGACAACGGAGCAGCCGGGGAGCAGGGCCCCCACCCGGGCACUGAGCGCAUCCUCUCCCCCUCUGCAGGCGUCGCGCUCCUCCCGCAAGGGCAUCGCCUUCGGGAAGCGCUCCAACUCCAUGAAGAGAAACCCCAACGCCGCCGUCACCAAAAGCGGCUGGCUCUACAAGCAGGCCAGCUCGGGGGUGAAGCAGUGGAACAAGCGCUGGUUUGUGCUGGUGGACCGCUGCCUCUUCUACUACAAAGAUGAGAAGGAGGAGAGCAUCCUGGGCAGCAUCCCCCUGCUCAGCUUCCGCGUGGCGGCCGUGCAGCCCUCUGACAACAUCAGCAGGAAGCACACCUUUAAGGUGACGGUGUGCUGGGUGGAGGAGGUGCCGGCGAGUAACGAGCAGUCCCUGUCUCCCCAGGCCGAGCACGCCGGCAUCCGGACGUACUUCUUCAGCGCUGAGAACACAGAGGAGCAGGAGUCCUGGAUCCAAGCCAUGGGCGAAGCUGCCCGGGUGCAGAUCCCCCCGACCCAGAGACACGAGAAGACGGACUCUGAGAACAUCCCCCCCAGCAAACACCACCACCACCACCACCGUAACGCCGCACACCGCGAGCACCCCAAAGCCGACCCCGACGCCAAGACCCGGGGCGAAGGCGACGGCCGUGGCUCAGAGAAACUCGAGAGGAAACCAGAGAGGAUGGAGAGCAAGAAGGAACCCUUGGCCAAAGCCAACGGCGUCGCCGGGCAGGAUGUACCCUCCGAACCCGGCAGCCCUUACCCCGAAGCACCGCGGGUGCCGGCGAGCACAGAGCGGCCGCCCCAACCCAAUGGUUGGCCCUACGCGUCCCCCAGCCGCCCCGGCAGCACCGCGUACCCCCCACCCGAUGGGGAGAGCGCUGCCCACCGCCGCAGCUUCGCCCCCCGCACCAACCCCGAGAAGAUCGCGCAGCGCAAGAGCUCCAUGACGCAGCUGCAGCAGUGGGUGAACCUGCGCCGGGGCAACGUGCCCCCCGAGGAGCUGCGCAGCCCCACCAGGUUUUACCCCGUGUCUCGCCGCGUGCCCGACUACUACCCCCCCUACUCACCCCAGUACCCCGAGGACCACCAGUACUACCCACCCGGCGUGCGCCCCGACAGCAUCUGCUCCAUGCCCGCCUACGAGCGGGUCAGCCCUCCGUGGGCGCUGGACGACAAGCGGCAUUCCUUCCGCAACGGGGGUCCCUACCAGCUCCGGGAAUGGAAGGAACACCCCGGAUUCGCCCGGCAGGAUGUCCCGGUCUGGCUCCCUGGUAGGCAAUCGACUUAUUUCGACGAGGUGGAUGCUGCCUCGGGAUCGUUGCGGAGGAUGUCGCUGCAGCCCCGCUCCCGCUCCGUGCCCCGCUCGCCCAGCCAAGGAUCCUACGGCCACACGCGGGUGUACUCCCCGGUGCGCUCGCCCAGCGCCCGCUUCGAGCGGCUGCCGCCCCGCGGAGAGGAGAUUUAUGCCGACCCCAGCACCUUCAUGAUGAGGAGAUCCAUCAGUUCUCCCAAGUAUGACUUCCUGGGCGACAGGAGGCCCAUCCCUGCAGGAAUGUACCCCUACCACUACCCGGCAUCCCCCACGGUCCACGACAAGAUGGAUGAACUUUUAGACCUUCAGUUGCAAAGAAACCUAGAGUAUUUGGACCAGCAGAUGAGCGAGAGCGAAACCCUGAUCAGUAUGGUGAACAGGAUGGUGGAGAGCUCCUCCCCUAGGGCUCAGCUCUACAUGCAAGUGACGACGCCCUUCCCAGAAGCCUACAGGGAGACCCUGCACGCCUACAAGAUAAGCGAGCAAGACACUGAUAAGCUGCUGGGGAAGCUCUGCGAGCAGAACAAAGUGCUGCGGGAGCAGGAGAGGCUGGUGCAGCAGCUCCGAGCAGAGAAGGAGAGUCUGGAGAGCGCCCUGAUGGGGACGCACCAGGAACUGGAGAUGUUCGGGAGCCAACCCGCCUACCCCGAGAAGCUGCUGCACAAGAAGGAGUCGCUGCAGAACCAGCUCAUCAACAUCCGCGUGGAGCUGUCGCAGGCCAGCACGGCCUUGGCCAACAGCACAGCUGAGUACGAGACCCUGGAGAGCGAGGUGUCCGCCCUGCACGACGACCUCUGGGAGCAGCUGAACCUGGACCUCCAGAAUGAAAUGCUCAACCGGCAGAUCCAGAAGGAGAUCUGGCGGAUCCAGGACGUGAUGGAGGGGCUGAGGAAGAACAACCCGUCCCGUGGCACCGACACCGCCAAGCAUAGAGUGGCCAUCGGCCCCUCGGGCACGUACAGCUCCAACAGCCCCGCCAGCCCGCUGAGCUCUGCCAGCCUCACCAGCCCCCUGAGCCCCUUCUCCCUCAUCUCUGGCUCCCAGGGCUCACCCACCAAGCCGGGUCCCAGCGAGCCCAAACCAAGCUUGGAGCAAAGCAAGAAGGAGACGCAGCGAGCGGCUGCCCCCUGCCCCACUGCUGAGGGGCUGCAGAGCCGGCAGGAGCAGGAGGCAGAGAAGCAAGCUGCCCUCAACAAAGUGGGCAUUGUGCCGCCCCGAACCAAGUCCCCAACAGAGGAGGAGGUGGUGCCCACGACGGGGAUGCUGAGGAGGAAUGGCAACGGCAUGGCCAACGGGCUGGGCUCCCGGGAGAGGCCGAAGAGCGCCGUGUUUGCCAAUGACACGAAGGUGAAGAUGAGCGUGGAGGAGCAGAUUGACCGCAUGAAACGCCACCAGAGCGGCUCCAUGAAGGAGAAGCGGCGCAGCCUGCAGCUGCCCGGCAGCCAGCAGCCCGACACCCCCGGCACGAAGGCACCCGCAUCCUACAAAGUGGUGCGCCGGCACCGCAGCAUCCAUGAGGUGGACAUCUCCGACCUGGAGGCAGCGCUGCGCUCCGAUGACCCCAGCAAGGUGCACGAGACGCCCCGGGAGGAGAUCGCCCGGCUGCGCAAAAUGGAGCUGGAGCCACAGCACUACGACGUGGACAUCAACAAGGAGCUGUCCACGCCGGACAAAGUCCUCAUCCCCGAGCGGUACAUCGAGCUGGAGCCCGACACGCCACUCAGCCCCGAAGAGAUGAAGGAGAAGCAAAAGAAGGUGGAAAGGAUAAAGACCCUCAUUGCCAAGUCCAGCCUGCAGAACGUCAUCCCCCUGGGUGAGGGGGAGGUGGAUGCCCCCCAGGACCCUGAAACGCAGCUGCAGGAGCAGGAGAAGAGGAUAGAGAUCUCAUGUGCACUGGCUGCCGAGGCAUCCCGCCGGGGCCGCAUGCUCUCGGCUCAAUGCGCUACCCCAAGCCCUCCCACCUCCCCAGCCUCCCCGACUCCACCGACCAACCCCCUCUCGUCUGAACCAUCCCGGGUCGCCGACUGCAGCCAUUUUAUGCGUGUCUGAGCCAUGAACUCAAGCCCUGGCAGCCGCCGGUGCCAUCAAGUUCCACGGGGCCACGUUCUAGCGCAGCACCACGUGUGCCCUGACUCGACACCGACCCUCUCUGCGCCAUCGUUUUUGGUUCUCCCGGACCCCCUCCCUCCUUCCCAUCGACGGCAUCACCCCGGGAUGGAUGAGCGGGGAGACGCGGCCCCGACACUCCGCCCCGUCCUGGAGGAGCCGUGCGAGUGCCACAGGCACCGUCCCCAAGGACUGGGGACACUGAGCUUCCACCCAGCACCGGGACGCAGCUGCGGUGUCCUGGGUGCAUGGAGGGACGUGUGCAGCCGGGACAGCCCUUGAGGAGUGCAGCAUCCCUCGGCUCUCCGUGCGUUGGUCACCCACAGGGGACCAUCUCCAGCGCGGAUGGAGCAUUCUCCACACUCAUCUGUGCUCCUGGCUGUGCCCUGAGACUGCUUUCAGCACCUUGCCGGAGGGAGGUGCCGGCCCCAUCGUGGCUGCGCUGGGAACAGGGCGCGUGGAGAGGGGACACAAUGGGACACAGGCGUCCCGGAGGCGAGGACGGUGAGAGCUGCCCAGUGCAGAGCCAUGGGCAUGGAGCAGCAGGUGCAGGCAGGGAUAGGGGAUGUGGGGAAGGAGCAGAGGAGCAGAGCCAAUGGGCCGAGCAGGGACGGAUGGGGACGGUGAUGAAGAGGGGACUGGGCUGGGGCCAUGAGCGCUUCCAGGUGGUAGCGAUGCUUUGCACGUGGUCACCUCUGUCCCAGCCCGGGUGGCCCAGCAGGAAUUCUAUGGGGCUGCCCUCUGUGCUGGAGGAGGGGUUCCGUCACCCGCAGUAACGGGGAUGGACGUGGGGACAGGACGGGGCAACUCAGCUGCACAGCACGGACUGGAUC